UUCCUAUCACUCAUCAGAAUUCAGAUAGCGACAACACAACCUGUAAGAACACCAUGCUGGCAACUAAUCCUGCCCUCUAUAUAAUCCAACCAGAAUCUUUGCUACCAACAUCACGCUCAAGUUUGCAAGCAAAGAGAUCACCGGUCGAUCAGAGAUGAAGGCACCACCGCUGAGCUCCUCCUCAGGCUCCACUCUCUGCUCGUCGAUCGCGAAGAAGGCGCGCUUUUCGCCGCUGUUACUGGCACUUGCACUCUUCCUACUUUGCUUCUCCUUCCUUUACGGCGAGGACCUCAAGGAGCUCCUCGGUCGGCAAGCGCAAGUAGCAUCGUCACACCUCAUCGACGUCAACACAAACAGCAGCAGGAACGUUAACAAUGGCGGCGAUGGGCAACCAGCAGCGCCACCACCCGAGGUGGCCGAUGGGAGGAAGACGAAGAGGAGGUGGAAGGGGAGGCUGGCGUUCGCGCUGAACGACGAGGACGAGGACGAGGACGAGGAGUGCGACGUGUUCUCGGGGAGCUGGGUGCGCGACGACGCCGGGCACCCGCUGUACCGGGAGGAGGACUGCCCCUACAUCCACCCGCAAGUGACCUGCCAGGCGCACGGACGGCCAGACGCCGCGUACCAGCGGUGGCGGUGGCAGCCGCACGACUGCACCCUGCCGGCGUUCGACGCGGCCCGGCUGCUGGAGUCCCUGCGCGGCAAGCGGAUGCUGUUCGUGGGAGACUCGCUGGGCCGCGGGCAGUUCGCGUCCAUGGUGUGCCUGCUGCAGGCGGCGAUCCCCGACGCCGGCGCCAGGUCGUUUUGGAUGUCGCCGGACCAGCAGCACACGGUGUUCACCGCCAGGGACUACGACAACGCGACGGUGGAGUUCUACUGGGCGCCGUUCCUGCUGGAGUCCAACGCGGACAACGCCGCCGUGCACCGGAUCUCCGAACGCAUGGUGCGGCGCGGCUCCAUCGGCUACCACGGCCGGCACUGGAAGGGCGUUGACAUCGUCGUCUUCAACACCUACCUCUGGUGGUGCACCGGCCUGCGCUUCAGGAUCCUGGACGGGCCGUGGGAGAGCGCCAGGACGAAGGAGGCGGUGAGCUGGGUGUCGACGGAGGAGGCGUACGGCAUGGCGUUCCGGGACAUGCUGCAGUGGGUGAGGGACAACAUGGACUUGAACACCACCAGGGUCUUCUUCACCAGCAUGUCGCCUACUCACGGGAAGAGCCAGGACUGGGGCGACGCGCCGGGGGGCAACUGCUACAACGAGACGGCGAUGAUCGAGGACGAGGGGUACUGGGGCUCGGACGGUCGGCGGAGCGUGAUGCGGGUGAUCCGGGAGAUCCUCGACGGCGACGGCGCCGACGUGCCGUUGACGUUCCUCAACAUCACGCAGCUGUCCAUGUACCGAAAGGACGCGCACACCUCCAUCUACAAGCGGCAGUGGAGCGAGCCCACGCCGGAGCAGCGGGCGGAUCCCAAGACGUACGCCGACUGCGUCCACUGGUGCCUCCCGGGCCUCCCGGACACGUGGAACGAGCUCCUCUACUCCAAGCUCUUCUACCCUUAGCCGUCAUGACGUCAUUGUCAAUAGGCUGUUGUAGUUGUAAGUAAUUGACCCCCAUGAUUAGAGCUCAGCAUGAGAAGAGGAGGAGCCCAAACACAUAGCAGUCCCUAGCUUUGGUGGUAAACACUAUCAUCGUUUUUGUCCCUUGUAGCGGUACUGAAAUGUUACCACAAAGAAGAGGCAAAAGUCGUUUUGAGGAGAUCGUCCAUGAGGCCAUGAUCAAAUAAAACAUGCUAUGGAACCGAA